AUGAGCGCUGCUGCACAGUACUACUAUGUUAGUGUCGUUGCAGUCCAUGGCCUUAACCCUAAAAACAAGGUAAACCAUGCGGAGAGGACUUGGGAGUCCAAUGGGAAAUUGUGGCUUGAGGAUUUCCUCCCUAACAAGCUUCCACGUGCCAGGACAAUGCUCUUCGGUUAUAAGUCCAAUGUUAGCAUUGAGUCUUCUUCAGCUGGCGUGCGAGAGCAGGCGCAAAAUCUUCUUAUUCAACUAGGUCUAGAGAGAAAGACCUUCGCUUGUGCAAGCGAGACUUGUGGAAAUGAGAUCAGCAACUCUUGGUCUGCCUGA